AUGCUAGUGUUAGAAGAGUACACCGACAGAGAGUUAGCUGACUAUACGCAUUCGCAUAAUUCCAAUACUUGGAAAACCGACUGCCUCACCGUUGAGCAAUAUGUCGCGAGAGAGAACCUCCUCGCGGAAUCAUAUGCCGCUAAACCGAGCAAGCUUGCCGAUGUAAAGCAGCGUUUUCCUGCGUAUCAAGAACUACUUGGAUUGAAGUAUUUUGUCUUGAAGGACACAUCACUUCCAUCCACAGACAAGUAUUCUCAAAUCGUGUCCAGUUGUGAGACAUUGAAUAGAGUUGGGUGGUGUAUUCCUGGGGAAUCCUCAGAUGAUGCCGUGCCCAUAUUGACCAUAUGUGUCGGUGUCGUGUACACAUUGCCCACACACCGGGGUAAAGGCUACGCGAAGGAGAUGGUGACCAGGGUCAAUAGACACUAUGACAGCAUGGCACAGAAGCUAGAAGAUACUUUUGUGAAGAACAAGGUCAUGUUUCUGUACAGCGAAGUCGGGGAAUACUACAGCCAAGUUGGGUACGUCUCUGCCUACGUUCCGCUACACAGAAUUGGCAACAUGGAUGGCUUUUUGCAGCAAUACUGCAAGCAGCCUGUGCAGCCUGUGCGCGCGCUCGGCUUCAGCGAUUACGAAGACCUCGUCGAACUGCAGCGGCAGCACUUCCAGACCCAGUUACGGAAGCUACACCAAGAGCAUGGUGAGUCAUUUGUGUUCACCGUCGAGCCUUCACUGGCCAUGUACCAAUGGUUUCAAUUGCGGGACCAAUUCAUGGCUACCGCCACAAGCCGCCCAGAGCCUAGCCGUUUCGGUGCGGCGCUCUCCAACGGCUCUCACGUGAUCUGGCAUCACAACUGGGCAGACAGCACCUUGCUGAUCCUCAAGGCGCAUCUAGCGGGCGACAGCCGAGCAGAAGACGACUUAAAGCAGCUACUUCGUGAGGCGGUCCUAGAGGCCGAAGCAGCGAACCUGGCCAAGGUUGAGUUUUGGGAUCAGGAGAUCGACCCAGACUGCUGCCCAGAACUAUAUGCGUGGCUGAAAGUACACGAGCCCAAGAACAUGCACGUUGAAAAUGGCUCAUUAAGUGCUAUGAGAUUGCCACAGGGUGUUGACCCUGCUAAGGUCAUAUGGGCCAAUAACACAAAGUUCAGCUGGUUUUAG